AUGGAAACUGAUGGGAUGCAAGAUUUGAUACGUGAAGGACUGCAGGCUUCAUAUUGUGGAACCCAUGAAAAUUUUAGUCAUGUGGAUGAAAGUGGGCGCUCCAUUGGGAAGGAAGAAAUUGUUUACUUGGGUAGUGAUGAACGGGAUCAAGCGCAUAAAUACAUUAUCAAUUCCUUAUCAAUGGUGGAUGAGUUCAAAGAGGAACAUUUGAAUGUUCUUAAACAAGAAAAACCACGCAUGUCAAGUUAUAAUAGGGAGAAACUUCAUAGUGAAACUUUUGUGAAGUGGUUUAAAGAUCGGGUCAACGCAACAGAGCAAUCUAAUGAAGACCUUCGGCACUUGGCUAUUGGACCAAGUAAAUGGAUGAAUCCUCGAAAUUUGUUCAAUGUGGAUCCAGAAGUUAAUGUGACUGAAGGUUCUGAAGAUGCCAAUUAUGUCCAUCAACAUAAUGCUAGAGAUAGUGGAAAUGAUGACGCAUCAUGGGUUAGAGUAGAUGUUGAGGGGAUACACAAGAUCCCCCAAGUCCCAUAA